UACAGCAUCUGCCCUCUCGCGGCCAAUGACUCCAGCGGGCUGCGGUGAAUGAGUGAGUCGUGCCUCGUGAGUCGUCCUCGUGUCUGCACUCUGCAGACUGCCAGUUUGAACUUCGGAGUCAAACAAUAAACUCCAUUUCACUCUAAAAAUUAAAACCUCUGCUAAAAGUGCUGAAAAGUUUAUCAUUUUGGAAUAGUUGUGCACUCAACUCAAGAAAUUUAAUAUAAUUGGUUAAGUUUUUGAUAGUUUACCGGUAAUCAGUUCUGGAAUUUAUUUACUUGUUUUUACGCAAAAGUGAUACAAAACAAAGCUGUAUACAAUCAUGGAAGCCGACGGAAGAAUUUUAAGCGAUUCGCAACAAAAACAAUUGGAGGAAGUUAAAAAAGGAAUCAGAUCGUUGCUCAUUGCUGAAGCCAAAGAAGAGGUUACGCUACGUCGACUAAAUGAGCUCUACGAAGAAUUUUUUGGGACUGAUAUUCCUAUAGAAAAUUUCUACUUCUCUUCUUUGGCAGAAUUUCUUGCUCGUAUGCCCGAUGUUUGUGAACUCAGGACCAAUAAAAAAAAUGUCAUGUGCGUACAAUUCGUCGAAAGUGAAAAAACAAAGCAUAUUAGUGAUAUGAAAAAAAAAGAAAAAGUGAAGGAUAAUCGUAAAAAAAGAUCUGUGGCUCAUGCAGUAAAAGAUUAUCACCAAAACCAUAAUUUUUUAGUUCCUAAGUUAUUAGUUACUAUAUUACAUGAAUUAAGAGGUCCAAAUUGUCUUCCAAAAAUUAAAAAAAAUGAUGUACUUCUUAAAGCUGUCGAUCACCAAGGGCCUUAUGCAUUUUAUAAUUUAGAAUCAUUGCAUAAUCAGCUCAGUGAUUAUACUCAUUUAUUGUAUUAUGAUGAUGAAUUUAUUUACUUCAAAAAAAAUUUUGAAACUGAAAAAACAAAAUAUUUGGAUAACAAAUCAAAUGUUUCUAUUGUAAAAACGAAUGAUAAUGUUCACAUAGAAGAAAAUGAUAUUGUCAAUGAGCGUACACAAAAGUCUUUAAGAGCACUUAUAAAAAAAUACAACGCCAUUAAAACUUGGGAUUUGCCACGAGCUUACCGCAAAGAAUUUCAAAAAGAUUUAGACUGGCAAAUGUAUGGAUUUCACAAUAUUGUAGAAUUUUGUAAUUCGCUAUCUCACAUACUCACGUUGGUACAAACUCCAGAUGGUAGGCAAAUAAUGGUGACAGAUGCUGAAAAUCCUAUAGAGUUUCCAUUAGAAAAAGAAUGUACUGCAUCCCCUGAAAAAAAUGAUUCCGAACCUGCUGUGCCUUUGAAAGUAGUCAGUAGACAAAGAUAUAGAACUUUAAUCAACCUAACGCCUAAAAAUGCUGUAAGGUUUGAUGAAUCAAUACGUCAAAUAUCAGUUGAAAAUUUGAUUAAUUCAAAUGAAAUGUUAACCGUUUUUGUGACAAAUGUUAUAAGUCCAUCAUUUUUUUGGGUACAAGUAGCUUCAAAUGCACGUACUCUUGAUAGACUGAUUAAAGAUCUUGAACAAUUUUAUCAAACUGCUCAACCUGCUGUAUUUGAAUUACCAUUGGUUUUUCUAAGACCUGGAGUAUGGGUAGCAUGUAAAGUUUUAUCCACAUGGUGCAGAGGAUUGAUAACAGAUGGAAAUUUAGAAAAAUCUGAGGCAAAAGUGUUUUUACUAGAUUAUGGUACAGUAGGUUUUUACCCUGCUAAAUCCCUUUGCUUUUUGGAUAAGAGGUUUAUGAAUAUACCAGCUCAAGCAAUACCAUGUUCAUUGCAUAAUGUUGAACCAUUAUCGUCUAAGAGAUGGACUUUCAAAGAUGUAAAAAUAUUUAGAAGUAAAGUUGUAGGAAAGUGUUUUGCCCACAUAAAUAGUAUAGAUAAAAAGAGCAACUCAAUGAAAAUCUUAUUAUUCGAUGGGAAAUCAAAUAGAAGUAUUAAUGAAUGGUUGACCAUGAAUAAUAUGGCAAAGUACGGCAAUUGUAAUGUUAACAUUAGAAAUCCUGUUAUUCAACAGCUUCAACAUUGCAAUACAAAAUCAACCAUCCCAGUUAAAUUAUCCAGUACAUUAGUUAAUGAAACAUCUCAUAAAAAGGGUGCUUUGGAAGUAUCUAAUAGUGAUCUUUCAGAAACGUCCUUUUCUAGUCUAUCAAAAAGUGAUUCAAGUGAUAUGCAGCAAUUUUCGGAUAGCCAGAGCAUUACAGAUUCACAAAAAUCGACUUCAUCUUAUGAAACUUGUGAUAGUUCUGAAAACUUGGUAAUGAAGAAAUUCAUAGCUAGAUUAAAAAAGAAACUACAGAAUCAAAACAAUUUAUCAGAAAGUACAAGUUCUGAUACUUUAAGUGAAAGUUCCAAGAGCGAUACUUUUCAAAGUUGUGCAAGCUCGUUGAAUUUUUCUUUUGGUCAUCCAAAUUCUGAAGGUAUUAUCACACGAACUGAAGAUUCUAAAAUCUCGGAAUUGAGAAAAAAGCAGUUAAAAACGUUACCAAUCCAAAGAGAUGUGUUGAAAGAACUAAGGCAUCUUCAGGUAUCUGUAAAAAUUUAACAAUUGUACAAAAUUUUAAUUUUGU